AUGCCCCGCGCCCCUCCACUCUCUCCCCUGUCUCCCACGCGCUCGCCGCGGCCCGUGCGCGCCCGCGCACAGAUCGCCCCGGUGACCUCCGCUCGCCCACGCAUCCCACUGCCGCUGCUCACCCCGCUCCAGCCUCCUCCGCCGUGCGCACGCGCGCUCACCGCGCCCACUCGUGGUUCGGCCAGCCUCCCUCGCUCGUCCCUGCCGGCGCCCUGCCUCGUCCUUGCCCGUCUCUGCGUCCCACCGCGCGAGCCGCGCCCGCCGCUACCUCCUGCUUGCCUGGCGACGCCCGCGUGUGCUCUCCUGCGUGUGGCCGCGCCCGUUGUCGCCGGCAGCCAGGCCGCCGCGUCCGCCACACUCAUGGCCGCUCGCCCGCCCCGCUCCGACCUUCCCCGCGCGCACCCGCAAGCGCCGCCCCCCUCUCGCGCCUACCUUUGCUGGCGCCGCCCGCUGCAGCCAACCGCCGUCGUCGCGCCGACUGCCCCCGCCACUGCUGCCCCGCGCCGCUCCUCCCCCGCUUGGCCUCGCCCGCCGGCCGCCGGCACCCAGCCACCCGCGGGCCCUGCUACCUUCGCCGCGGCCGGCGCCCUCCCCUGUCCGGCGCCCGGUUGGGUUCGGCCACGCCCAGGCACCCGCACCCGUAUGCCCGUGCCUGCCCCGAUAUGCCCCCUGGGCCUAUGA